AUGGGAAGCCUCAAUCUCAAACUGGAACCGGUAGACCUCUCUCAUCACAUCAACGUGAAGAGCAAGUCUCGCCAUCCGUCGCCCCUCAAAGAUAUCAUUAAAUUCAUGGCCUACGAUGGCAUGAUCAGCUUAGCUGGAGGAUCCGGUGCCGGUAACCGACAGCUUAUACAGCUCGCAAAAGAAUUAACGGAGCAAGUGCACGCACCACUGUGUGAGUAUGAAUGCCUUCUGCAUCCGGGAAAUACAAACGCCUGGUCAAAGGUGGUUGGCUUGCUUUGCGAGGACGAUGAUUUUGUCAUUGUUGAAGAGUUCACCUAUCCAUCUGCCCAAGCGCUGUGGAUUCCGCUAGGAAUCAAGGCAGCCCCGGUCUCAGCCGACGCAGAAGGUAUACUAGCAACGAGUUUGCGAGAACUGCUCGAGAACUGGGAUGAGAACGCUACAGGAGGGAGACGGCCGAGGGUGCUUUACCUCGUUCCCGUAGGCUCCAAUCCAACGGGGAUCUCGAUUUCGGCGCAUCGACGCAAAGAAAUUUACGCAGUCGCCACUGAGUUUGACUUGGUCAUUGUUGAAGAUGAUCCGUACUAUUUUCUGCAAUACCCAGGAUACUCGCCCCAAGGAGUAGAUCAACCUUUCAAGCUUAAGUCUACAGAGGAGUUCUUGAACUCUUUAACCCCGUCAUUCCUUUCUAUAGAUACCCAAGGCCGCGUUAUCCGCCUUGAGUCCUUUUCUAAGACGCUGUUUCCCGGCUUGCGGCUAGGAUAUUUUGUCGCCAAUCCUCUUUUCACUGAACGACUGCUCCGAGCGACUGAGGUGGAGACGCAGGAUCCUGCAGGUCUCAGCCAAGCAUUUACUCUGGCUCUUUUCCAACAAUGGGGUGAUGACGGAUACUUGACGUGGCUUCAGAAGUUGCAAUUCCAGUACAAAACUAGACGAGACUGGUUAAUUUCCGCCUUCUAUGACCAGUUUACAGUUGUCCCAGCUGCCGAGUCACCAGUGCCGACUGCACAAGGCUAUGUGGCCUGUUUGGAGGACAAGAGGAGUGCAAAGCUGCUAGCCAUCUUCAGUUUCACGGAUCCUGAAGCCGGAAUGUUUGUAUGGUCAAAAUUUUACUUCGACGAUGUUCCCCGUUUCAUUGAACUGGAGGGUCAAGCUCUGGAGGACCCGGAGCAAGCUUUUGCUCAAGAGCUAUGGGAAGCCAUGAUCUCGGAGCGCGUCCUACUGACUCCGGGAUCCUACUAUCACGCCUGGCAAGGACCUGAUAAAAUGUCUACAAAAGCUCGUGGAGCAGACCCAAGAUCCGCCUAUUUCCGGUUUUCUUUUGCAACUCCGACGAGAGAACAGAUUUAUGAGGGUGUAAAGCGCGUAAGCAAAGUCACGAGCCGGUUUUGGAAGGAGACGAUAUAA